GAAGCAGCCACGCAGGACCCCGUGAAUAGCGUCUGUCCUGAUUAUACUGAUUUAUAGGACAAAAUGACUGUAGAGGUGGAGAGAAAAUUCGUAUGCAAUGCAGAAAUUAUGGGGAAACUAAAGGAUAUUGGAGGUGUGAUCUAACUUUAAUUUCUAAAUGCAUUGGUCAGCGCCAGUUUCAAGACCAAUACUUUGACUCUCCAGAUUUUAUCCUCACUCUAAAUGAUUUCUGGCUGCGGUGCCGAGAGGGAUUGUGGGAGUUGAAAUGCCCUGCAGUUUCAGGGACUAAACCCGAGGAUGACACUGACACCUUGUGCACACGAUACAGAGAGAUAACCAGUUUUCCUCUGAUUCAGUCAGAAAUCAGAAGGCUUAUCGGGGAACACACUGCUGAAGGGAGUGAAUCAAAUUCCUCACAAAGGGAACAAAUCGACAAGGACACAGAAAAUGAAGACACAGAGAGCUGUUCAGCAGAUGAUACAAAGUGGCUGACUGAUCUGAAUCUAUUCUGUUUUGCCACGUACAAGACAGACCGCUGUUCUUACAUACUAGAGAGAGAGGAGGGUGCAGCGCGAGUGGAUCUGGACCAGGCCGAUUUCGGAUAUUGUGUGGGAGAAAUUGAGGUUCUGAUGACUGAAGUUGAUGACAUGAAUGCAGCUUUGCAGAGAAUUACAAGAAUCGCUGAAGAACUGGGUCUGAAUAGUGAGAAGAGUGUUGAAGGGAAAAUGCAUGUCUACCUUCAAAGAUAUCGACCAGACCACUACGUAAAACUACUUAGUGCACAUAUUUUAUGAGAAAUAAUCUCUUGCAUAAUUGGUAGUCAAUGAUUGUGAUUAAUUUAUUCAAAAUAGUGAGUACAUAUUUUGUAUAGAAAUAACAUCCUGCUUGAAUGUCAUUUGAAUUUAGUAAGAGACUAUAGCAUGUUUGGGCCACUCAAAUUCAGCUCAAGUGAACAGAAAAACUUUAUCAUAGAUGUACAUUAAAUAUAAAUAU